GCCUCAGUUUCUCUUUCGCCUUCAAAGCUAGCUAAGCUUCUUGGAUUGGAGCUGGAUGAUAAACCGUUUCUCCUUCUUUUGCUUCUUCCACUACCUGGCUCUAUCCCCAUAGGUUUGGUCAUAUUCAGAACUAGAAAAUAGGAAGGGUCGAAAGGAUGAACAAAAACUUUUCCCCCCAACGUUUUUCCGUUUCUGUAAUCGAUGCACGGCUGGGCAGUUCCACAGUUGUGCUGUUCUCUUUCGGUGGUUGUCUUCUUCAACUUGUGCUUGGAUCGUUAUUCUUGUUUAAAUUGCCCAGAGUCCCAUACUGCAUCUGUAUGCUAGAUCCUGCCCUGGCAUGUAAAGUUAACCAUCAAUUUGUCAGCUUGAGACGCAGCACCUCAUCUCCCUCUUUGGAAUACCUCCUGCUUUGUAACCCAGUUAAUCAGCUGGUCUUCUUUGUACAUUUUGGUUUGAAGGCCUGCUCUGGGAUACGUUAACUGACACAAGAUUCUGUGCUUGGUAGGGGCCAUAUUUCAAGGGUUAUAUUGGCGUAAAACCCAUUUUUAGAAUGGGGAAAACCCUGGCUUUAAGUAUUCGUUGCUUGCGAGAAAUUCCUAGGCUUUUGCAUGUCAGUUAUCCAGGGACUAGUUAUCAUCUCCUUGGAGGCGCUGGAAACAUAGUUCAAUUGUUGUUGGUUCAUGUUGCAUCAUAUUUAGUGGCUCUAAGAGCCCUAUAGUGUACCAUGCCAGGGAAGUAGAUCUGGUGAUUCUGGAGAACGGUAUGUCAGCCUUUUGUUAUUCAUCAUUACUUUAUCAAUGUUCCAAGUUGUCUAAAUACAAUUGCUCCUUGAGCCGCAACUCAGGCCUUUCUAGCAGAGUUAUGCUUUGAGGCUAUACCGGAUGGCGGAAUUGGCAAGGAUUACAGAAUUCUUGCAUGGGGCGUACACCUCAUUGUGCAAUUCCUUGAGGUGUUGCCGAGGCUUAUGCAAUAAGGAUGUUCUAGUUUGGUCCAAGUGUUUAAACUUUAAACACCAAUUUUAUAUUUCCUUUUAAGAAGUCGAAUUUAAUGGAUAGCCUUACACGCCUUAUUUUCCUUUCUCUUUUCUCUUAUGUAACACAAUUCUGAUAACUUCACUAGUUAUCCUACUUGACUUCUCCUAGCCAGCACAUACAUGUUUCAUCUUUGACUUCUCUCUUCUCUUCUCCUGUUAUCUUUUCCCUCUACACUUCCCUCUCUCUCUCUCUUUCUCUCUACCCUCCUGAUUAUGGGUUUUCUCUUGAUUUACGUUUCUUCAACUACCUUGCUAUAUUUACAAACAAGCUAUUCAUUUUACCUUGCUACAUCUUCAAACAAGGCCUCAAUACAUCACCUUUGUUUUUCGCUACUUUCAUCUACGGCUGGGCAAGUAGGGCCACUACGGCUGUUGAACGCCAUGCGAAGGGCUCCGUGAAAUGUGAAAGUCCAUUUGGUGUCCCACCCAAGGUGUGGACGUCUGGUGGUCUCGUUCAUUUCGCUUGGCAUGCACAAGCAAGAUUAGCCAAACGUUGGGAUAAGGGAACUGCAACAUGGUUAUUUUCAUCUCGAUCAUCUGUCUUGGCGAACUGUUUGAUUCGAUCGAAUGGAAUGGGACCACACUACUGUGUGGGCCCGGACUGGCCCGGUUGGUGCUAACCGGGCCCGAGCAUUUACCCGG